ACCUGCGCAGUAGCUGUAGCGGGGGCGGGACGCUCCGUUGGGCUUUUCUCUGAGUUUUUCCUUUACGCGCCGCUUGGGAGGAACAUCUCGUGAGAUGUGGGACUUCUCGCGGGAACUGCAUUCAAAAAGCCCUGGCGCUUACCUGAGAGUUGGCUGAGUGAAUGGGCUGGCGAAUGUGGAGUUAGCGUCCUUAGUGUGGAAUCCCUGAUCUCUCAUUAGGAGCCGCUGGCUGCUGCAGCAGGGAACUGGGGAGAGAGUUGGCUAAAAAAAAAAAAAAAAAGAACAUGGAGUCAGAUAUAAUUGCAAAUCUUCGAUGCAAGCUCAAAGAGGUUGAAGAAGAGCGACUAAAAGCUGCGAAGUACGGUUUACAACUACUAGAGAGUCAAAAUGAAUUACAGAAUCAAUUGGAUAAAUGUCGUAAUGAAAUGAUGACCAUGACCGAGAGUUAUGAACAAGAAAAAUAUACCCUUCAAAGAGAAGUUGAACUCAAGAGUCGAAUGUUAGAAAGUUUGAGCUCUGAAUGUGAAGUUAUUAAACAACAACAAAAAAUACACCUGGAGAAAUUGGAAGAACAACUAAGCAGAAGCCAUGGGCAGGAAGUGAAUGAACUAAAAACUAAGAUAGAAAAACUGAAAGUGGAAUUAGAUGAAGCUAGGCUUAGUGAAAAGCAGCUGAAGCACCAAAUAGAUCAUCAGAAGGAACUCCUCUCUUGUAAAUCAGAGGAACUGCGCGUAAUGUCUGGACGUGUGCAGGAAAGCAUGUCUUCAGAGAUGCUGGCUCUUCAAAUUGAGCUCACAGAAAUGGAGAGUAUGAAGACCACCCUCAAAGAAGAAGUGAAUGAACUACAAUACAGACAAGAACAGCUAGAACUUCUUAUUACUAACCUAAUGCGCCAGGUAGACCGGCUUAAAGAGGAAAAAGAGGAGCGAGAGAAAGAAGCAGUUUCUUACUAUAAUGCUCUAGAGAAAGCUCGUGUAGCAAAUCAAGAUCUUCAGGUGCAGUUGGACCAGGCACUUCAGCAAGCCUUGGAUCCUAAUAGUAAAGGCAACUCUUUGUUUGCAGAGGUAGAAGAUCGAAGGGCAGCAAUGGAACGUCAGCUUAUCAGCAUGAAAGUCAAGUAUCAGUCACUAAAGAAACAAAAUGUAUUUAACAGAGAACAGAUGCAGAGAAUGAAGCUACAAAUCGCCACAUUGCUACAAAUGAAAGGGUCUCAAACUGAAUUUGAGCAGCAGGAACGAUUGCUUGCCAUGUUGGAGCAGAAGAAUGGUGAAAUAAAACAUCUUUUAGGUGAAAUUAGAAAUCUGGAGAAAUUUAAGAAUUUAUAUGAAAGUAUGGAAUCUAAGCCUUCAGUCCACUCUGGUGCUCUGGAAGAUAACACCUAUUAUACAGAUUUACUUCAGAUGAAGCUGGAUAACUUAAACAAAGAAAAUGAAAGCACUAAAGGUGAAUUGUCCAUACAGCGAAUGAAAGCAUUAUUUGAGAGCCAACGGGCUCUGGAUCUUGAGCGAAAACUUUUUGCAAAUGAAAGAUGCCUACAGCUUUCAGAAAGUGAAAAUAUGAAACUGAGAGCUCAACUAGAGGAAUUAAAACUAAAAUAUGAACCUGAAGAGACAGUUGAAGUGCCUGUACUGAAAAAGAGGCGUGAGGUGCUGCCUGUGGAUAUAACCAUUUCUAAGGAUGCAUGUGCCAGCAACAGUGCUGCCGAGGGAGAAGUUUAUCAAUUACUGCCUCAGAAAGAGGAGACACAGUCCUGUCCUAACAGUUCAGAAGAUAACAACUUACAACCGGAAAAAUUAGUUUCUAUAAACACACCAGCAGGCACUCUCUCUCCUCACAAAAAUCUGCCCAUGGCUAUGCAGCUAAAGAAGGAAAAGAAGUGUGUGAGACUCAUAGGAGUUCCAGCUGACUCUGAGGCCUUAAGUGAAAGAAGUGGAAACACCCCUAACUCUCCCAGGUCAGUGUCCUCUUUUCCUCAAGGCAACCAGCAGACCUCUUCAUCUCUCCUGUCUCGCUGCAUGAACUGUGCUGUCUGUUUCUUUAUCUACUUUCUUAGUAUUGCAUGCAGUAUAAUUCCUCAGUUUCAUCUGCCUACUUUCAACCUUUCCAGAACUUCGAGAAAGACUAAAAUGAUUGCAAAGGGAAAGUACUCCUGAAUAAGGGAAUCACAUUAAAAAGUCACACAUUUCUAUUUCAUGAAAGGAAAUAUCACAGUCUAACACAUCUCUGAAUGUUUUAUCAGUUUGAAUAAAUGUACUGUUAUUUUUCUCUUGGUCCAAGCAUGACCAUGAAAGAAAAAUUAACUCACUUUCUCAAAGGGCUUUCCAGUAGUCUAAGAAAUUUCAGCGUUCUAGAUAACGUAGGUGAAUUUUUUAUGUCUUUUGAAAUUGCUAAUCCUAGGCAUUCAGAAAUGGGCUUUGAUACUUAUUUUGACAUUUUUACAUAUCAAAGCUAAUUCAUUUUCAUUGUUUCCAAAACUUGAAAGCCUCUAGUUUCUGCAUAAUUGAGUCUGUGACUAAAAGAAAUAGUGUCAGACAUGUAUGUCUGAAGGAAUUAAUGUCCCAAGGGCUUUGUCCUUUAAAAAAAUAAUCGAAGUCAGAAGGUAAGAGAAAGUGAACGAAAGGGAAAGGUAAGUAGCAGUGGCUAGGCUAGAGUUCUGGAUUUGUACAGCAGGAGAAGUGAAUGUGGAAAUUGGAGAAAGUAAAAGAAAGAUGAAGGAUGUCUGCAUGCAGUGGGAUGGUAGAGGCAUUUAAAACAAAUAUCAGUAGGCAUUCAAAAAGUUAAGCACAUUGAUGUAACAAUAGCUAGCUUGGAUUAUUUCCUAUGAAAUGAGAUCUUGAAGGUGCCACUAGGGCUACAUUAGUCUUAGAGAAUAGAGACAGAUUAAUAAGACAUUUUACUAAUGUACGUUUGAGUAGAAAGAGCAUGACACAGCCUACAUCAUAUAAAAGGGCUUCCUUAUAUGUUUUAUCUGAUUUCUCUCCAAGUCUUCAGUGCUACUAAAUGUAAUAUUCAACAGUAAAAGCACUUCAACAAUGUUAGCUGCUAUUAUUAUUAUAAAGAAGAGUAAUUUAUUACUCCCUCCUUGGAUUUUUAUAUAAUGUUAUAACCUGUGAGUCACAUAAAAUAAAAGCUUGCUAUUCUUAAGGAAAAAGUAACUUCAAAUGAAUAUCUGCCGCAUACACAUGGUUUCAAAGAGUUCUGAAGCAAAUGCAGCAGAUUAUGCCUGUUUAUAUGUGAUGCAUUGUAUAAAUGUGCUGGACCAGUGUAUAUUUCUGGAGGUGGAUUUCUAGAAUUGAUAAGUACCAACUUGCUAUCUGUAUUGCCUUCAUUUCUUUUUCUGCCUUUUACGCUUGAUAAAAAUUACUUAAGCAAAUGUAUGUGGCUAAUUGACUGUAAUUAAUUAGCACGUUGGAAACUUUUUGUCUUGUUAGUUAAACAAAAAAAAUAAAAUACCACAAAACGUUUGUGUGUGUGUGUGUGUGUGUGUGUGUGUGUGUGUGUGUGUCUGUCCAUCUGCUAACUUGUUUCCAACUCUCUGUUUUCUACAUGUUUUACAUAGAUGCACAAUCCUAAGAUAAUUUUGGAACAAUAAAUAUGGCUUUUAUUGGGAACUU